CUCCUUACUCUCUUGCGCGUCGCGCGCCCCACACACCGACCGCGUCUCGCAGCCCAAGCGCAGCGAAUAAUAACAUGACCGAAUAAUAACGUGACCUAAUGAUAACGUGACCGCUUAGCGAGAGCGACGCUGCGACGCACCGGAGACAGAGGAGUUCACGGAAUCAUCAUCACCUGUUUUUUACUUUAAGAACCACUUUCCGCUCGUGAGUUCGGUUCUUUACCGGACGGUAACCGGAGAGCCACGCAGCUCAACAUUCAACCGCAACGGGAGACGAGUCCGACCAAUUAUUGACGGUCCUCCGGUCCCAGUCUCCGGUCCACGUCUCCGGACCCCAGUCUCCGGUCCCAGUCUCCGGUCCGAGUCUCCUGUCGCAGUCUCCGGUCACAGUCUCCGGUCACAGUUCUCCGGUCACUGUCUCCGGUCCGAGUCUCCGGUCCUCGGUCUCUGGUCCCCGUUCUCUGGUCCCCUCGCCUCUCCGGUGAAGUACCGCGGCUGUCAUGGACCUGUCGCCCCUCACCCGGGAGAGCGCGGGACUCGCUAGAGCCCCUAAACACCUGUGGCGUCAGCCUCGGACCCACAUCCGGAUCAAGACGCGGUUCCACUCCGACAACGAGCGCUACCUGAGCCGCGACCGGGACCGGACCCUGGACAGACCGCGGCCCGGGCUGAGGAGACCCCGCAUGUCCUGGCCCUCCUCGCUCAAACGCUCUGAUGUGGAGAACGGGCUCUCGGGGGGCCGCAGCCCCCUGGAGGCCCGGCCGGGGCUGGUCCUCCAGGCCGGCCAGCGCCGCGAGUCCUUCCUGUACCGCUCCGACUCGGACUUCGACCUGUCCCCCAAGACGAGCUCCCGGAGCACCUCCUCCCCCGGCGACCUGCACGGAGAGGACAUGAUAGUGACUCCAUUUGCCCAGAUCCUGGCCAGCCUGAGGACUGUGAGGAGUAACUUUGCGUCUCUGACCGACCUGCAGGACAGAGGGAACAGCAACAGGCGGUCAUCAGUAAGUCAGCCUCCUGCCUGUAAACCGUCUUCACCAGAGGAGCCGUCCCGGAGGCUGGCGCUGGAGACGAUGGAGGAGCUGGACUGGUGUCUGGACCAGCUGGAGACGCUGCAGACCAGGGACUCAGUCAGCGAGAUGGCCUCCCACAAGUUCAAGCGGAUGCUGAACCGGGAGCUGAACCAGCUGUCGGAGACGAGCCGCUCAGGGAACCAGGUCUCAGAGUUCAUCUCCUCCACCUUCCUGGAGAGGCAGCAGGAUGUAGAGAUGCUGGCUCCGCCCCCUCAGGAGAGGAAGAGGAGGCCCAUGUCUCAGAUCAGCGUGAGGAAGACCACCCCCGCCCCCGCCCUGGUCGCCAUCCCCCGCUUCGGGGUCAGCCCCCCCCACGAAGACAUGCUGGCUCAGGACAUGGAGGACCUGGGUCAGUGGGGUCUAGACAUCUUCAGGAUUGGAGAACACUCUGGAGACCGACCGCUGACCGUCCUCAUGUACAGCAUCUUCCAGGAGCGAGGCCUCCUGCAGUCCUUCAGGAUCCCAGCCGACACCUUCCUCAGCUUCAUGCUGACCCUGGAGGACCACUACCACCACGACGUGGCCUACCACAACAGCCUGCACGCCGCCGACGUGGUGCACUCCACCCACGUGCUGCUCUCCACCCCCGCCCUGGAGGAGGUCUUCAGCAGCCUGGAGAUCAUGGCCGUGCUGUUCGCCAGUGCCAUCCACGACGUGGAUCACCCAGGACUCACCAACCAGUUCAUGGUCAACACCAGCUCGGAGCUGGCCCUCAUGUACAACGACUCGUCGGUGCUGGAGAACCACCACCUGGCCGUGGGCUUCAAGCUGCUGCAGGAGCACAACUGUGACAUCUUCCAGAACCUCGGCAGCAAGCAGCGCCACUCGCUGCGCAAGAUGGUCAUCGACAUGGUGCUGGCAACAGACAUGUCCAAACACAUGAACUCCCUUGCGGACAUGAAGACCAUGGUGGAGACCAAGAAGGUGACCAGCCAGGGGGUCCUGCUGCUGGACAACUACUCGGACCGCAUCCAGGUCCUCCAGAACAUGGUGCACUGCGCUGACCUGAGCAACCCGACCAAGCCGCUGCCUCUGUACCGGCGCUGGACGGACCGCAUCAUGGAGGAGUUCUUCACCCAGGGCGACCGAGAGCGGGACGAGGGCUUGGAGAUCAGCCCCAUGUGUGACAAAAACAACGCCUCGGUGGAGAAGAGCCAGGUGGGCUUCAUCGACUACGUGGUCCACCCUCUGUGGGAGGCCUGGGCCGACCUGGUCCACCCCGACGCCCAGGAGCUGCUGGACGCCCUGGAGGACAACCGGGAGUACUACCACAGCAUGAUGCCCGGGAGCCCCCCCCAGGGCCGCGCCCCCCCAGGGGCACCCCCAGGGGCCCCGGGGCCGGACGCUCCUCCUGCUGCGCCUCCUGCCGGAGACAAGUUCCAGUUUGAACUGACUCUGGAGGAGGAGGAGGAGGAGAAGGAGGAGGAAGAGGAGGAGGAGGAGGAGAAGGAGGGAGGGAAGGAGGAGGAGGGACAGGAGGAGGACACGUAACCCCUGACGACGGCCUGGCGCCUCCAGGGGUUACCGUGGGAACGAGAGGUGCAGCUGAUCGUGUUUUCGUUCUCCAAUAAAGACUGUGAUCAGCAGAGACCCUUUAGACUGGAGGCUCUCCUCUCUCCCCCUGACCCUAACCCUGACCCUUGACCCUUGGAAGGUACCGGACAAACGCUGCCUUCCACCCAUCCGGUGCGGCCCCCCAGCGCCCCCUAGCGCCUCCCCCCCCAGCGCCCCCUAGUGCCCCCCCCCAGCCCCGUGCCCCCCAGCGCCCCCCAGCGCCCCCUAGGGGCCCACACGGUCCAUGAACAUUUGUUUGAUGUGAUUUUAUUUCCUCAACAAUCCAUUUAUUGUAUUUCAAGCGCCGCUUUCUGCAGCGGAGAUGAGUUCAGAAGUUAAGAGCGAGCAAAGGGCCAAUCAGGUGACCUCAAACCUCAGGUCAGGAGACUCAACGUCUAGCGUAGCCACGACCCCUGACCCCUGACCCCUGACCCUGACUGCCUGAGUGUUCGGGUCGGCCCCUGCAGGGGGUCCCCCCGUCCACCAGGGGUCUCCAUAGCAGCGCUCCAACAGGACCAGCGAUCCGCCCCGGAGACCACCAGCAUCUGGCACCCAGCCCAGGGGAGUCCAGUCCAGGGGAGUCCGGUCCAGGGGAGUCCGGUCCAGGGGAGUCCGGUCCAGGGGAGUCCGGUCCAGAGGAGUCCGGUCCAGGGGAGUAUGGUCCAGGGGAGUCCGGUCCAGGGGAGUCCGGUCCAGGGGAGUCCGGUCCAGAGGAGUCCGGUCCAGGGGAGUACGGUCCAGAGGAGUCCGGUCCAGGGGAGUCCGGUCCAGGGGAGUCCAGUCCAGGGGAGUCCGGUCCAGGGGAGUCCAGUUUGAAGACCAAAGCAGACUACUGUAACCAGAUUCAAACCCUCCCACCUCAAAUCAUUUUUAUUUGUAUUAUUUUUUUACACCACACCGGAUGAUACGGCAGAAGUAAAUGCUGAAACGCAGAAUCAGACUGUUAAUAAUAGUAUUAUUUAUUAUUAGUACGAGUUAUUGGCAAGGUCUCAAGUGAGCGUGGAGACGGUCAGUGACCCCCCCCGGGGUGCUGGUCCUCCCAGCGCCCACAGCGUCCGCAGCGUCCACAGCCGUCAGCCUCACCCCGUGAUGAGGCCUUGUGGGGGGGCGGCCCCGGACCUCGGGGGCCGGCGGGGGCUGAGAAGGUUUGAGGACUGAAGGUUGAACAUCGAUCCACACAGACUGCGGUGCACGGUGUCCUCUCAAUGAGUGGUGCUCUGUGAGGCCACCUUGCACCCUUCUUGAAUCAAUAGAGGAAGAGGUUGUGGUACCGGUUGUUUUUAAGAUGGGGUCAGAGGGGAACCCCCCCCCCCCCCCCCGGUCCCUUGGGGAUGAUGUCACUAGCUGCUGAUGUCAUAUGCUGCCAGUAGGUAUUCAAGUGAACCAGAACACCGAGGUAGGGGUUGGCUCGGCGGUCGACUAGGCCCUACGUUAACCAACCAGCUAGCCUCGUACCGACAACCUUUUAAAAAUGACUUUUUGACGCGAUUUUUUUUUGACCUUUUCUCGACCCUCGGGUAAGGGGGUUGAUUUCGUUGAGCGACCGUGUGGGGUACGGCUCCACGCAAAACGUUAAUGAUCCUUCCGCAGGUUCACCUACGGAAACGCGUAUUUACAAAUACUCAUCAACUUUAUAUCCAACCAGAUCAACCGCUCUCUGUCUGACUUCCAUAUUUUAAACUGUAUUUUACUCUUUUGUAACUUGUAGCCUCCUGGUAGCAAAGUUAGACCCGCUUGGUGGAGGUUUUCUGUCCACAAGGUGUUCUAAUUAGGGCUUGGCAAUUUAACAUGUUCAUUACACGUUACCGCAAUCUUAUUUUACGCGAUUAAUACAAAUUGACGCAUGUUCUCUUUUUUUUUUUACUUUGAUUUUGAAAGGUUUUGCCCACAGAAUGUUAACAAUCCUAACAGAAAUCUUUUUUGUUUUUAGUUCCACUCACUUAAAAUUAAAUAACACUUGCAGUAAGUCACUUUGCACAGCCCUAAACCUAACCACAUGACGGUUGAUAAGAACGCCGUUAGGGAGUUCCAGCCCUCGGUCCGUCUCCAAAUGUUUAAUCAGUUGUUCUUAUUCCUAUUUCUCACUCCUAAUAGUUAUUUGCAUUAGCAUAAGCUUCAGAUACAGGGUUAGCAUUAGCUUCUGAUACAGGGUGGCUAUGUGUUCCGCUGAUACAGGGUUAGCAUUAGCUUCUGAUACAGGGUGGCUGUGUUCCGCUGAUGCAGGGUUAGCAUUAGCUUCGGAUACAGGGUUAGCAUUAGCUUCUGAUACAGGGUUAGCAUUAGCUUCUGGUACAGGGUGGCUAUGUGUUCCGCUGAUACAGGGUUAGCAUUAGCUUCUGCUGGGUCAGCAUUAGCUUGUUCUGUGCUGAUUCUUGAUUGGCAUUUGAUUAUGCUGUGCUAAUACAGGGUUAGCAUUGGCGUGUGCUGUAGUGAUACAGGAUUGAGAGGGAGCGUACCUAUGUUCCCGGGUACCAUGUGCCCCGCUUUGUAUGUGACUGGUGAACAUAGGUAAGCAAAUCUUUUUUUCGUAGGAUGGUAGUGGCAAGUACCGCCUUUUUCGCCUCUGAUUCGCCUGUGAUUGGUUAGAAUGGCUCUCCUCCGAUUGGUUAUGGUUAGGGUUAGGUUUAGGGUUAACCCUCACCCUAACCCUAACCAUAACCAUAACCCUAAACCUGACCCUAACCCUUUGCACACGGGGAACGUAGGACCUGGGGAACAUAGGGAUGACCCAGAUUGGGAUUAGCUUGUGCUGUGCUAAUAAAGGGUUAGCAUUUGAUUGUGGUGUUCUUAUACUGGGUUAGCAUUAACAGCUGCUGUGACAAUACAAGGUAACCGUAAGCUUGUGAUCUGCAAAAACAGGGUUAGCAUCAGUUUGCGAAGUGCUAAUUAUAAUUAGCAUUAGCUUGCGGUGUGCUAACACUGGGUAAAUACUACCACGUCCAAUUAGAUCUCCAUGCUGAUCUCGUGUCCCGUCCUCCAUUGGUUCUAAACAAUAUUUAUUCUGAGCGAAGAGACAAAGUACUGUAAAGCAGGGGUUCCCAACCUUUGUCUUCCAAGGACCGGCAUAAUCAUAUAAAAAAUUGUCAUAUUCAAAACAAAUGAAAGCAACAGCAAUGAAAUGCUUGAGUCUCAGGCUCCCUUCAACAUUUUAAUGAUAUAAAAUAAUACAAUUUAUAAGAGAAGCACAAGAAAAGUCACCUGAGACUACCUUAAACACAAAAGUAGUGCAGUUUUUUCUUAAGCUUUUCUGUAAUUAUUUCAUAUUUCGGGUUCUAGCGGGGCCGGGAACCGGCUCCGGUCCCCGGGGCCCGGCUCCGUCCCGGGGCCCGGGGCCCGCUGGUUGGGAAUCGCUGCUGUAAACGUAUGAAGCUGUGGAGCCUGAGGGUCCAACCAUGUACCCCACCCUGUGUCUGUGAAGCCUGAGGGUCCAACCAUGUACCCCACCCUGUGUCUGUGGAGCCUGAGGGUCCAACCAUGUACCCCACCCGGUGUCUGUGGAGCCUGAGGGUCCAACCAUGUACCCAUGUACCCCACCCUGUGUCUGUGGAGCCUGAGGGUCCAACCAUGUACCCCACCCUGUGUCUGUGGAGACUUACAUCAACUGCCUUUUGCUUCAUGAUGUUGAACCAUAACAAUAGUGGGAGUUCAGAGUGUUUGAAGUGGAAAAUAAAUUCAAUAGAAAUUCAA